UGUGUUCUCUCCAAUGUUUGUAAAUUGUAGUCUGGAGACGCCGCUGUGAGGUUGUCAGCGCGCAAAUGUAUUUUCUAAUGUUGAUAAACCUUCCUUGUUUGGAUAUCAUUUAAAAUUUACUGGUCUUUAGAAACAGCGGGAUAGAAGAUCUGGGCGACGUUGUGGAUCAUCACUAACCGAACAAGGCAGGAAGAGAGCGUAUAAUGGUCCUUAGUCAGAUGGAUGCGGGCAAAGCUUUGACGGCGGCAGCAGCCAAAGGGAAUACGAGCGAGGUGCAAAGGAUCCUGGAGGAAAGCAGAGUGCAUCCUGAUACCCUCAAUGAAUUUGGCAGGACUGCGCUGCAGGUGAUGAUGAUGGGGAACUCCAAGAUUGCCAGUUUGCUGUUGGAAAAGGGAGCAGACCCCAAUGUCCAGGACAAACACGGGAUAGCGCCUGUCCAUGAUGCAGCCCGAACUGGAUUCCUGGACACUCUGCGGGUUCUGGUGGAGUAUGGUGCUUCAGUAAACAUCCCGGACCAAAGUGGUGCUCUGCCUAUCCACAUAGCCAUCCGGGAAGGCCACCGGGAUGUUGUGGAGUUCUUGGCGCCCCAGUCUGAUCUGAAGCACACCAACAUCAGCGGGCAGACAGCGAUAGACGUGGCCCGAUGUGUGCCUGAUAUGAUUGACUUGCUUUUCACUGACAUUCAUAGUUAGUCAGAAGUCUGGGUGCUGGGUGCCUUCUGGUAACCAUAACCUCACACUUUUCUUUUGCUUCAGACCUGGUGACUUGAAUUCAUUGCUGUGUAAAGAAUUAUUUUUUUUGUUAAUAGUGGCUCAGCAUUAAUGUGACACAGGACACAUUGUCUUGGCAGCUUAUUUUCAGUGGAUGGGUGGCUAUAUACAGUAGACACCUCUUUUGCACAGUGCAAUUUAGGCACCUUAUAUAUAUAUAUAUGUAUAUGUAUAUAUAUAUAUCUGUUUUCCCUAUUAAUUGGGAGUGCACAUUUGUAGAUAGUUUUCCCUCAGUGUUUUGUAAUUAUUGCAUUAUUUCCAUUGUGUAAGAAUUAUAACAGUUGAUACAAUGUAUGUUUUUUAAAAUUUUACAAACUUGACAUGGUGCACCCUGAUUGCUUUGCAUAGUUGUGUUUCUCUUAAUUAGAUGUACUUAGACUUUGAAUUUACCCUUAUUUAUUGUUGAAAUAGGACUGAAUAUUCCUGUGACUUUGUAAAUAGCGACAUUUAUUGUGAUUUGUUGAAAUGUUAUUUAUAUAAAUACUUUUAAAACAAAAGUGAGAUUAUUCACUUUACUAUUUGAAGAUGAAAGCACAAAAUAAAGUGUUGAACUUGAA